AUGGAUAUGAUACCUAGACCAUAUGUUUUAUAAUGGUUAACAAUACUAAAUGAAUAGGCUGUAAUUUUGGCCUAAAUAAAUUUAGAUUAAUCAGUUACUGAUUCAAUUAUGUCAUUUAUUGUUAGUUUAUGUUUUAAGAAUAUUGAGGCAAUAUCCACACAUCCAAAACGUACAAAGUUUCCCGAUUAAUUAAAUCAUGAGAUAAAUUUAAUUAAAAUAAUGACAAUGACAUUUUAGGGAUCUGUAUCGUAGGAAGGGUUUUAGAGAUUACAAAGAAAAUUGGAAGAAUUAAGUCAAAAUACGUUGUCAGAAAUCAGUGAAUGGGCAAGAACUUAAAAAUUUAAAAUGUCAUUUAAUUUUAAAGCAUUAUAUGGUUAUUAUUAACAAUAAUGAUGAAUUUUAAUGGUUUUCAUACUGAAAGAAUAUUCACUGGCCGUGGAGAACUUACAAAACCUGAUACUCAUCACUAUGCAGAUGAUGAGUCACCCGAGAACUCAUAGGUUGAAGGAUUCGACAUCAUGUGGAAGAAACAUUCUUUAAAGAUUUUUUGUACAGCUACAAAAUUUAUGGUAAAAUUGAAGACAGCAGUAGAUCAUUAUAGAUUAAGAAAGAUUACACAUAGGAUAUACUAAAUAAUUGGAGACAAAGCAUCAGAUUAUUUUUAUUAUUAAGCUAAAGGAUUAGUUAAUUAAAAAUGGACUUUCUAAUCUUAUAUAAAGAGUUUAUUAAUCUAUAAUUUUUGGGUUGAGAUGUAAAUAGGAGUAAUUAAACCAGAUAGCAAAAUUAAAUUAUUAGUCGAUUGCAUAAUUCUAAUAUUAAUUGUUAUGAAUAUUUUUUAUAUUCCAAUGUAACUCUCCUUUUCAUUAUAAAAUAAUGCUUAAACUGUUGAUUUUUUAUUUAGUACAAUUCCAAGUUGGGUAUUUUUGAUGGAAAUAAUUAUUAAUUUUAAUACAGCAUAUUAUUAUAAAGGUAUGAUCCAUGAAGAUAGAACAAAGAUAUUUCAACAUUAUAUAAAAGGAGAUUUUUUUAAGGAUUUAUUAGUAGUUAUACCAUUCCUUAUAUCUCAAUAUAAUAUCCCUUAUCUUAAUUUUGUAUUGUUAUUGAGAAUUACUAGAGUCAAUAAAAUAUUUGAAUAAAUAGAAGAAGUAACUAUGAUAAGAGAAAAGUUUGCAGCACCAAUUGAUGUAUUAAAAUUAAUGAUAUUUUUGAUAUUUGUGGCACAUGUUAGUGGUUGUGCUUGGCAUUAUAUAGGUAUCUAAGAAUUCUUUGAAAGUAAUACUGGUUGGCUUAUUAAAUAUGGUUAUUCUGAAAAAGAUUGGGUAUCUAGAUAUGUUGUAUCUCUAUAUUUUGGUACAGUGACAUCAUUUACUGUUGGUUUUGGUGAUAUUGUACCAUAAACAUUAGUAGAAUAAGUUUUCUUAAUAAUUAUGGUUUUGAUAACAUCACUUGUUUUUGGUUAUACAAUAUCAUCUAUAUAAAAUAUAUUUGGAUAAUUAAGAGAGAAAACUGAUUAACAUCGUAAUAAGAUGGCUAAGAUAAAUUCAUAUAUGAAGAAAAAUAGAAUAAAUCCAGUUCUUCAAAUGAAAAUUAGAAAAUAUUUUGAAUAUUUUUUUACUCUUGAUGAAAGUCCAGAAUUACUUAUGGACAAUUUAAAUGAAGAUCUUAAAUUAGAAUUACGUACUAGUAUUUACAAACCAAUUAUAACUAAAUGUAAACUCUUUAAGAAAUUUGAUGAAAAUCUUUUAAAUUAAUUAUGUAGUGUUGUUUAAAUACAAAAAUUUAUUCCAGGUUAAAUGAUAUUUUAAGAGAAUGAUUAAAUUAAUAAAGCAUAUUUUAUUAUCUAAGGGGAAGUAGAUAUAUAAAUUAAUAAAGUCUCUAUCUAAUAAUAAUCUGAAGGAUCUUUAGGAAUAAGAGAAUUUUUACUCUAGAAACAUAUACAUUAUUCUUUAAAAGCUACUCAAUUUACUGAAAUAGCUUAUAUAUUAUAUGAUGUAUUAUUAUAUAUAUAAUAAAUCAUUAGGAUUUCAAAAAUAUAAUUAGAGAAAAGUAAUCUCAUUAAGAAUAAUAUUGUUAAAUGAAGGAUUAAUUACUUUAUUAAAUAGAACAAUUAAAAUGUGAAAUUUGUUCUUAAUUUCAUCAUUUUAAAAAAUGCCCAGUUGUAUUUUAUAGUCCUUCUACUGAUGUAAUAGUUUGUGAUUAUAGUGAUGCCAUAAUUUAACCUAGAUAUAGUCACAAAAGAAAAUAAAAAAUAAAAUAAUCAACUUUAGUUUCAACAUAAUAUAAUCUAGCUGCUGCUGUUAAUUAUAUGUGUGAUAAUGAAUUAUUAAAUGAAGGUAUUAAUGAUACAAUACUUAAAAAAUUUGGUUAUGUUGAUUACUAAGAAAAAUAAUAAACAAUUGAGGAUGUAAAAUUAAAAUCUUUGAAAGUAAUCUAAAAAUUAUAAGAACAUCAUGCUCAUACACCAAAAAUGAAACGAAUGAUCUAUAAAAAUCUUAUGAAAAAAGAUGAACAUAAAUUAAUAUUAAAUAAAGAAGAAUCUAUAUUAGAGAAUAUGCAUUAAGAAUUUAUUAAUUUUAAAAGAGAAGAUUUGAAUAACUUUGAUUUACAUAUGGAAUUCUCUCAUUAUCAUUAAGAUAAGAAUUUAAGUAAAGUCUUAUUUAAUUUCUCUAAAUAAUAGAGAUUUAAACCAAAAGAAUAAUUUUUUAGUAAAACAAGAUUAGGUAAAACAAAACAAUUAAGUUCUCAUAAUUCAACUUAAAAUAAUUUAAUGACUAAUAAUCAUUCAAUUAUGAAAACUAUUUUUAAUAAAAAAUGA